AUGGGGGUGGUUACAGUCACUGCCAAGUUCAAGCCCGCCGUGAAGGAGCCUGGCAUUCCAGGCAUGCUAAGAAUGGUACAGAUUGUAGCGUGAUGAUACGACAAUCGCACUACUACUACCUGUUCAUGGUGUUUGCCACCGUGGUUUGGAUGGGCACGGUUUCGGCUCAAGAGGAAUUUUAUGGCACUCUUCCUUUAAGUAGCGUAAAAACCGCAGAACUCAGUAAAACUGAGAUAGAAAUUAUGUUUUCAAGAUCGGCGCAUUUCCUCGGAAGUAAACAAUUCCCGAAAUAAGAGGUCUGUCAAAUGCGAAUUUUGCUGUUGGCUAGAAAGAAUCCCCUCUGCUCGUUGGCACAAUGUUCCUUUAUGCCGCGUUUACUUCUUUCGGACCGUUUUCCAUUAGUCAUGUAUGUGACAUCGUCUUCACCCUUCUUUCUGAUUUCAUCAUGUUUUCUCCAGGGCGACAAAAGAACUGAUACUUUGUGGAUCAUACGUCGACAAAUUCUCCGUCGUUCUUGACAUAUUAAUUUCGGAUGUUCCAUUCCUGUGACAAAUUUAUCUGUAGGAUACUGAUUAUUUAUUUGGUCUAUGGUCCAUGUGAAGAACAGAGUUAAACAUGGGAAUAACAAGCCGGUAUUUCUUUUUCUCUGUUUUAAUGAAAACAAUUAUUGAAUGAAACAUGACCCGGACUAUCAGGAGAAAAAGGAGAAAUACAGAGCUGCUAGCUAAGAUCUUAUUUUUCCUGAAAACUUUCAUUACUUUGUUUAUAUUCAUUUUUCUUUUUUCUUGCAGACGGAAGAAAGGUUCACUUUCACACCUACUGAUCAGAGAUCAACUGUCAAGCUGGAUGUUAGUUUUAGUAAAAUAAAAGGUAAGGGGCUAUUUUGGGGGAACAUGAGUUUAUAGAACCUUGCCAAACUGACGCACUGGUACCAUUGUUCCGACACUAGCCAAUUAUUUAGAUUUUUUUAUUUUUUGAACAUGAUAGCAAAUCGUUCUUUCAUCCGUUAGACUGUUCUUAUCAGAAUCAGUUACACUAGCCUAGAUUUUGAGUAAGAUCAAUGGGACCAAACAUGCCAUUCUGCUUUUGGUGCAUUUCUUGUGGUUUUGUUGAACUCGUCACUAUAAUCAGGAAUUUAUUCUCAGUGGGAGUAUGAUUAGUUCCGAUUCCAAGUGGAAAUAAUGAUUGUGAAGUUUAUGCAGACCAUGUACUUCCUGGUGUUUAAGAAACUUGGGGUUGUAAGUACUUAUGCCAACAUAUACGCUGCAUUUAGUUCUUUUCAUGUUUUGGGUUCCUUAUUCUAUUUGCUAUUAGGUUGUGAAAAUUGACUAAUGAUCUUAAAUAUUUUCUACAAAAGUAGUAUGAUGAAGAUCUUCAUCAAUAAAAGGAAAACAUACUCUGGUUGAAGGUUGAUUACCUCCGAUGUAUGCUUCUUUUGUCUAGUUUAAAGUUAAACUUGGCUCUGCUUUUGAUAUCUAAUAGAUAUCCGAAGAAUAGUAGUUUGUAAUAUCACUCACCUCCCUUUCUCUUAAGCUAUACAACACAGAAUGUUUGAUUUCAUCAUAAGAAAUCAAGAAUAUUGCCCAACGUCCUCAUGUCAUUGAUUCUGAAUAAAGUCUUACAAAAACAUGAAUAAUGGUUCCAUACACAGAGAAAUGAUCAAUCAUUCCUUUUAAAUCCUGUUGGAGAUAUGCCUAAUACACGGUUGUACAGCCAGUCAGCAGAGUUUGUUUGCAACGUUUCCCAAGAAAAUUUCCUACUUUAGUGGGAAACUUUUUUUUAUUUUUAUUAUCCUUCCGUCCCAUUCAACCUUCCCCUAUCCCUCAUUCGACAUUCACCGUAGUUCUGGUGGUGAUUCUAUUAUUUCAUAUCCCGGCCUUCUUUAAUAACAGCAUAAGCUUAACACAUUCUUCAGUUUCUACUUCUGUGGGCCAUUUGAAUUGACAUUCUGCCCUGCUCUAAGGAACUUUUGAACUGUAUCUCUACAUAUUUUGGUAUAGCACCUUAAAUCGUGAUGUCAGAGAUAGCUUACUACUCCAUUUAUCUUCUAACAUUUUAGAAGUUGCUUCCAUUUUCCAGCUGAUAUGCUGAGGAGACAUUCAUAGAACCAGAUACUUUGUGAAUCGCUCUCCAGAUUUUAGGAGAGUAUUUGGGUAGGCAAAAUGUGCUGUUAUGAUGUUUACCCUUGACUAGGGUUGCCCACCAUAAAUCUUCAUUUCCUAUUCUCCAUAACCUCUCUGCAAUGUUCCCCAGACUACUUUAUCAGAUGCUUCUUCAUUUCAUUGUGUUCUAUCUCACUUCAUCACAUUCUGUGUUUUUUUGUCCUUCUUUACUUUUAACAAUUUCAAUAUGUCAUGAUUAAUUUGGACAAAAUUGAAAGAGCUUUGGUGCAUAGGCAAUAUCUUAUGUCGUCUCUUGUCAAAUUAAUGUCUGUAUCCUUACUGUGUAUUUUCAGCUCAUAGGUUCACGAAGGAGGGCACUAAACAAGCGCUAUUGAACAUUCUUCAUGAUACUGAAAAGGUAAUUACAACGUUUCAUUAAACGUUGUGAUUUUCUCCUUUUGAAUUUAAAAACCUUAAAUCCGCAUCUUUGGAUAGUGUUUAGGCCAUGCUCAUUUUGCAUUCCUGGGGCUGACAAUUGUAAGUUGGAUGGAUAUUUCUUCCGUGGAUUUCUUGUUACUCCAGGGAGGAGGCUAUAUUUUUGAAUUCGACAACUUUUCUGACCGCAAUGUUUGCAGAGAUUUUGUGGGUAAGUUUCCAUCUUAAUAAUUAUUCUUCAGAAAUCAGUAUACUUUUUCUAUAGAUGUUGAUAAAUUCUUUCUCGUUCCUUGGGGUCUCACGGUUUAUGCAUGAAAACUUGUGUGAUAAAGAUUAUUACUUUGCAUUGUUUAUGGACUUUCGCUAUCAACAGAGAGGGAAAGGAUUCAGAAUCUGUUAUUGAAGCUAAGAAUUCAUGUGAAAUGGUGAGAUUGAAAAGUUGAAAUAAUUGAAUGAAUAAUUAUCCUUGAAAAAUUUGAAAUAGUAAUGAAAGAUAAAGAUCAGAGACUUGAAUGAUGCUAUACCAUAGGACUAAGUUUCCCAGAUGACAACUAUCUAAAUAUUAAAGGCCACCUUUGAGGUUGUCAAAACGUUGAAAUAAUUUCAGGCGCUUUUCUUUUGAUAAUAAUAUCGUGGUUCUUCAAAAUAAUUUAUCCUUUGUGACCACUAGUAGCGGUUUUCUCAGUCCCUUUGUUUCCUUUUCACAGGCAAAGUACUGGGCAAGUUUCAGACUGUACCAUCACCAGUACAAAAUGCUCCAGAACUUUCCACUCUGGUUCAUGGCGAACAAAUCAGUGCAGCAGAGUUGGAACGUCGAAUGAAGCUAUUGAGAGAGGAUAGGUAACUUGCUAACUCUCACGUGUAUUCUUUGAUAUAACCAGCUUUAUACAUUGUUUCAGUUUUACUGAUAAAGCUAGUCACGAGUUACCUGUUCGGAUUUUUCUUUUUUGUUGGAGCUUCCUGAGCUGUUAGUUGCAGUAUUGUGUGUGGUACUUGGUCCUUCUCAUUAUUUUAGUGGUUUCUAGUUAUAACCUUGUUAAUGUUUUUCGUAAAAUUGUUAUCUAUCUACCUUCUUCAACUUUGGAUAUCCCAGGAGGAUUUUUCAAAUUAACUGACGAGAUUUCAUUUGAAGUGAUAAGCUGUGAUCUGAUUAGGUAGAAUAGAACUCACUUGGCUGCCUAAAACAAACUUCAUGUUCAAGAAUGAAAAUUAUGCAUAUCUUUUGGGAACCAGUAAGAUGAGGGUGAACUGGGGUGCUUCCAGAAUAAAUGCAUAAGAUGUUAAAAAUAACUGUUCAGGAUGAAACAAAAAAAUGUUGUGUUUGCAGAAGUAGCGUUGUACUAUUCUCUUGGUGUCCAAUCUUCACUUUGUAACUCUGCUCAAUGUUUCUUCUUUUCACGUGGCAUUUUAAUUUCGUAUCUUUACUUUUGAGUGCAAUGGUGUCUAUUUGCAGUUCAGACAGUUUAUAUUUUGUAUUGUUCUAGUCUUUUUAGGAUUCUCAAUCACUCGUGUAAUCUUUUGCUCGUCUUUGAGAGGUUUUCUUGAUAUUUUAUAAUUGGGUCAUUGGAAUGUGCGUUUAUCAGUGAGCUACAGAAACUGCACAAGCAAUUUGUAAUGAGUGGUGUGCUGACAGAAGCUGAAUUUUGGGCUGCACGAAAGGUUAUUUCUGUAUCUCUAUUCAGAUAUUUGUCUCGUAAAAUUCUUCCUCUGUUGUGAUUAUUAUGUCUUUCUUAAAAUUUGUAUUAUACUCUUUGUUGUUCAUAUCCAGCUACCGGAUUUUUUUUAUAAUUUCCUCUCCAGCAGAAAUCCUUAUAAUCAUUUAUACACAGUUCCCUGAAAAAGUAUUACUCUUUAUCCAGAACAUGCUUGACAGUGACACGUAUAGAACUUCAAAGCAGAGAGCAGGAUUUAAAAGUGCAAUCCUGGCGGACGUCAGGCCAUUGACUGACGGGCAGGUGGAGUCUAGAACUUUUAACCCCAAUUUUCAAGAGAAAAUUUCUUGGAGCCAUUUUGUCGCAGUUAUUAUCUACUUAUGUAAUCUUUUUUCCCUUUUGUGUUUAUCUGAUGCUUUUGUUUUCACAUAUGCUAAUUGUAAAAAGUUCUAAGAAUUUCAGUGGUGGCAUUCCCUUUGCAGUCCAAUAAAGUCACAUUUAGCUUGACUCGGGAGAUCAUUCAUCAGGUACCAUAAUUCCAAUAAGUUUGUGACGUGGAGAAAUUUGCAUAAUUCCCAGAUAACCCCCCGCUAAAGAUUUGGGUUUAAACUUUCUGAAGAUUUUGAUUGCAUGGCGUGGCUUAUUUAUGCUUCUCAACAAAAACAUUUUGAUCUCCUAUGUUCUCAAAUGCUUGUGGUUUUCUAAGGACACAAACGUGAGCUUGGAUAUGCAUUUUUACAUCUGUCAAGUUGCUAAUAUUCUCAUUUCGAAUUUCAGCUUAUUGUUGACAUUUACAUUCUUUUUUCAGAUAUUUGCCGAGAAGCCAGCUGUUCGGCAGGCAUUUCUGAACUUUGUUCCAAGCAAAGUAAUGCUGUCUUUUCUUUGUAUUUUCUGUCCAAAGAAGACAUUUCUGUGCCUUUGAUUUAGCUGAGGAGCACACACGCGGUGACUGGAUCUAACACGUAUUCAAUAACUUUCUUAUUGAAUGUAGAUGACAGAAAAUGAUUUCUGGAAAAAAUACUUCAAAGCAGACUUCCUUUAUAGGGCGAAAAACACUCUAGCUGCUGCUGCAGAGGCUGCAGAGGAUGAGGAACUUGCUGUCUUUCUAAAGAAGGAUGACAUUGUAGCUGAGGAGUCUCGUCGUAAGGUUGUUCUAUUCCAUUAUCGCUGAAUAACUUUUCCAUAAAGAUUCUAUCUUGAAAUUUCCUUGUUUAGCUUUGUAUAUGUUUUUGUGUUUCACAUAGCUUAACUCUGCUAUAGUCAUUCCUUAAUCUUAUGGAUAAUUAACAAAUGGAUGUACAGGUGAUUUGAUUUUAGAUCUUGUGUUUCUGAUCCGAGUCUCAUCUGCAGAUCAGACGAGUUGAUCCAACCUUAGACAUGGCUGCAGAUGCAGGUGAUGACUACAUGCAUGUUAUGGUAAGUGGUCCAUGGAAUUUCUGCUUUUUUGAGCUUGUGUAAUAGACAUAUAUCUGCUUCUUGCUUUACACAAUAUAUUCUCUUCCAAUGCUAGGUAUUUCAGUUUUAGGAUAGGUUUCUGUUUACCUACCCAAGCCCCAUCUCCGAUGAUAUGGUUGGGGUGUGAAUAUGCUUUAAAAAGUGAGCUUGUUAGUUUGACAUUCUCAGUGACAAACUUCAUGGACCAUUUGGCCUAGUGCGCUUGUUAUCAUGCGAGUUACUCCACCUCAAGGUUGCUUUUGAUGGGCAAUGCGCCAGAAUGGAUUAUAUUGCCAGCCUUUGUUACUUGUUAGACAACUAGAAACAUGAUUUGGGGCCAGAGUGCUGGAUUUUCACUUGACACAAUGCCGUAGUUGUGCGAACUAAUACUUAAAAUAUCACUGUUGACCGCAUGCAUUCAACAGUAGGGAGUAAGACCUUCUGUUUACAAUUUGGAAUGUAAAUGAAAGGCGCUUCAUCUAUUGCGACAAUGCGAGUGGACCAUACCAAGGAAAGGAGACAGUAGGGAAACUUCUUUGUUUUUCUGCCGAAUCUCUCUUCUAUUUCCUUCUCUUCCACUUUGGCCAGUAUGAGUUCACCGGGUACUAGCAGCUUUGUCGGGGAAUUUCCCAUCUGACUUUGGUGGAUUUUUUGUGAGGGUCGAGUAGGAUAGGGGGUGAGUGUAGGAUAGAACCUAAGGAUUCUAGGGACAUUUUGGCAUAAGAAGGGUGGUGCUAGGGCUCAAGAGCAUUUUGAAGGGGGUCGGCUUCAAACAAAAAGGACAGCAGGAGCCGGAUAUUUCUUUGACCACAGAAAGGUAAACCUUAUGCUAUUCCCCUCCACAGAGGGAUUCAGUUGUCUCCAAGCUAAAUCUGUGGAUCGAAAAUCUGCGGCAGCCGGAAAUCGAAGUAAUGAUCGAGCAGCACCUCGAACGAGGUAGCACUGAUCUGGCGGGCUAUGGGUUUUUCCUGCGUCCUCCAAAGUUGGCUAAUAUCCUGGUUUAUUACUGCACGAAAAGCUUAAACCUGCUUUUGGAAACAUAAUUUUUUUUUGACGGAGUUUGGAUGCUAGUUUAUUAGAUGAAAGAUGCAUUUUAUUUUUUUUUAUCACUUCAGGAUCAUGGGAUUCUUCGUGAUGGAAGCAAGGAGACUGCUGAUACAGAUAAUGGGCUACCACAGAGGACUCUCCUACAAGACCUCAAUAGACAUGCGGCGGUUGUCCUUGAAGGAAGAUCAAAUGGUAACAUCGGGAUGUAAAAUCAAUUUCCACUUGUAAUAUUAGUCAAGGAUCAUAUCAAGAGUUCUUUUAGCUAAUUAUUAUUAUUAUUAUUAUUAUUAUUAUUAUUAUUUUCUCGUGCAUGUGCCCUUGAUGAAUUGCCGCCAACUAAUUACACCAACAGAAAUGACCAGUAAAUUUACACUGUCACUCGUCGGCAAUCCUAUUAUAGGUUCCUCCAAUGUGGAUCUAAAUGAAGACAAUGUCCUGCCAUACCGUGCGUUUCCUUUGGUACAGUUGUUUACUGAAUGUCUUUGGUCUUGUAUCUAUACAGUUACGAUCUACUGCAUUCCCGCCACAAUAAUUGCGUGUCACAUUUCUUUUUUGUGUUUACAUCUUCCUUGUUGAUCCAUUGUUUCACCUUUCACGCCUUGAUAUUUUUGACAAUAUCUUUGUAGAGCAGGUUUUGAUAUUUGCUAUUCCAUGAGUCAUUUGCAAUCAUAGUGUGUUCUGGCUUGUACAGAUCAGAAUGGGGCGUGUUGCAUCUUUUAUGGUUGCUUCCUAUUAUUUUGAGGCUUUGAGAUUCUGUGGCAUGCUUCUGUUGUCUUUCCUUGCUUUGGAACUGUCUGUCUGUCUCUCGUGUUUUCAAACAAAAGUAUAUCUUUGACAUAGGGGUAAUUACGUUUUUUGCUUGUAUCUCGACCUCUGGUAAAUGCCAAGCAAACUUAUAUGAUUAAAUAUUUGUUCGGUUUUCUUUUGAGCAUUAAAGAUAACUGGGUGUUUGCUGGUUAACUUGUCAACAUUUUUACACUGUUUUGUGGUGCAAUUCUACCAAUAAUUGGGCCUGAGAGAUCAGGGUGCAACUUAACUCAGGACUUCUGGUUGAAAUUGUAAAGUGAAGGAAGAAGCUAUCCGUUUAUUUUUCUGAAACCCCAUUUAAUAGAAUUAAGCUAUGAUUCUGUUCUAACUGAAAGUUGUCUUUGGAUUGGUUGGCCGUCUAUCUCAGUUUUGAUACAAAACUUGUAGUAGAAUUUGGGUUUUUCAGUUACACUACACAUGUACCGGCUAGUAUACGACCGCAGUUUUUCUGAUCUCUCCAUGGCUAGUGAUCCCAGUGGCUAGAUCACAACAUGUGUCAGGAUUACAUGUUAUUCUUAUUGUAAGACUUUUUUUUUUUCUUCUUCUUCAGGUUGUCAACUUGAACCGAAAACAUUUCUAGCUGUACUUUCAAUAUUCUACCGCAGAUUUAUUUGACCUUCAGUUUUCAAUACAUAAUCAUGUGAAGCAUGGCGUGGCUUUGUAUCAUGGUAUUUUCAUUUUCACUCCCUGUUUCUAGAGGAUUUUGUAUUUGUCUCUUGCUAGCAUUUUAGAGUGAGUCAUUUCUAUUGAUGGUACCUUCUUGUCCGUGGCCGAGGAUUUCUCUAUAUUGUUUCAAUUGCUUGAGUGAAAAUAUAGGUUUUUUUGAUAGUUCAAAAAUCUUUUAUGACCUGUUAAAUAAGUUACACAAUUCUUUGGAGAGAUAUGCUCCUUUUCAUCUGGAUGUGGCUCAGCGGAGUAGAUAACAUAGACAACGCCUUUCAUUGACGUUUUAAUUGAUGGUUGAUUUAAGUUGAGUUCAAAAUCAGAAUCAUUUUUGCGUUUUUGCACAAAACCAUUAAAGAUGGCAAUGCGAAGGCUACAAAGUCAAUGUCCUGAGUAGUUUUCUAUUUCUACCUCUACAAACCCGCCCCAAAAAUAUCAUAAAAUAUCCACACACGAAUAAAUAAAUAAAUCUGCAGAAUGGGUAUUCUAGGAGUCAUUUUAUAAUAAACAACCUUUGUUCAUGCUGGAGAAAAACAUUAAUCAAUAUGGCAGGACUAUGGCAUCUUGACGUGUUUUUCUGUAUGACAUCUUCGUAGGCAUGCUCGAACUUCAUUUUCAUUGACUGAGUGGAAAUGUACCAAAUAAAACGUUUGGACAACUUAUAUGUGAUGUUUGCCUUGACGCAGAGGUAGAGCUGGGGGACACCAGAGCUGUAGCAGAAGCACUGGCCAAGUCCAAGCAGGGUCGGUAUUCCAUUUCUAUUUUGCCUUUUUUUUAUUUUUUAUUUUUCUUUUUCGGUGCCAAUGUGGUGAUCUUCCGUCAACUUUCAGUUGAAUUGUCUAAUCAAGCCGAAGACGAGGAUGCAAAUCCGGAUCGAUUACAGAGGUUGCGGCGUAUGACAGAAAUUGAGGAUCUUCAGGGAUCCCAAAACCUUCCUUUUGCUGCCCUCUGCAUUAAGGUGUGCGAUUAUUGAAUAUUUCUGUUUAACUACAACAUCCCUGAUAUCAUUCUGAAUACUUCUUGGCAUUUUGCCAUAUCAGGAUCCCAGAGAGUACUUCGAUUCACAACAUGCAAUUGCACUUAAGACUUUACGUGAAACAGGCGGUGGUACAAAAUUUGAUAAUUUGAUCCUGAGUGCCAAGGAAGCCUAUGAAUACCUAGUCGAUCAGAUUUCCGAGGUUAAAGGAGGAAUGAACGGCCCAGUCAUUCAAUCUGAAGCAGCCAUUAAGGUAGCAACGUUACUAUACGAUGGCUCAUUUUUCUGUUUAUUUCUCUCUCUCUCUCUCUCUCUCUCUCUCUCUCUCUCUUUCUCCCCCUCCCCCCUGUGCAGGAUGCGCACAUGUUUUCUGGCUACAUAGUCUUAGUAUUUAUGGGUUUUUUUUUUAGAUCCUUAGUGGGUUGAAUCAACACGUGUCGAGUACCAAGUACAAUCUCGGAAAGAGUCCUCAAGAGAGUGUGCUUGGUCGGCUUCCAAACAAAACAAAAGACGAAAUCCUGGAUGUGAGUUUCUACUUUCACUUGUAGAAUAUUCAUUCUCAUAUGAAUUUCUGUCUAUUUCUCCCUAUAUUUGAAAUGCCCACAUAUGUCCGUUAAUGUCAUGGCUGAUGUAUCUUUUCUUACUAAUGUGAUCGCGUAUAUAAUUUUUUCCAGAAUUGGGCUUCAAUCCAGGAGUUAUUGCAGCAUUUCUGGUCAUCUUACCCAAUUACCACUUCAUAUCUCUACAGUAAGGUAUUUAAUUCUCUCUUUUAUAGUACUUUGGAUAUGGAUAUGUAAAGCAUUAGGCUAGGGAGAUUUUUAGUAGCAAGGGGAACCUCGUCAUUCCAUACAUGCGAAUUCCGCUGAUGUUUAUCCGGGUUUGACUGACAAUCAUUUUUUCUCUCCUGUUGACUAUCACGUGUUUUGCUUGCAAAAUGGCAGGGUGGUUGUGUGAUGUUUGCCAAUCAUCAAAGUCAAAGGUGGAUAUAGGUUGCUAAUAGCAGUAGACUGAAGGUGGGGAGAUCGUGUAUACAAGAAUUGCAUAUAGUUAGAAAAAAGGAAACCCUAUGAUCCCAUAAUCUACCUCAUGAAAGAAGUUUUUAGGGGUUCAGUCAAAUUUAAACCUCUAUUCUGUAUGGGUUGACUUAUAGAUUUUGUUCUGGAGUCUCUGUGCGGAUUGAUAUGUAUGUUUUGACUUUAAUUUCUGUAUAUACAAUAUUGCUUCUUUUUUUUCUGCACACUUAAUCGAUUAAUUUUCAAUCGUAAAACUCAUCAGAACGAUUCUCUCAUGAUCAAAAUCAGCUUUGUUCGGUUCAAAAAGAUAUUUGUUUUGCUGCAGCUUGAUCAUGAAGUGGUUAAAAGCUUUUUCUUUUGCUUUAGAUGUUGAUAAAAUUUCUAGUCAUCAGCUUCCACCAACCAUGCCACAGAAAGGAUGAACGGGAGAUGUGCCAUGAAUUGCUCACCAAUCCUCACCUCUCUCCCUGCAGGUUACUAGAAUAAAGGAUGCCAUGACUCAGAUCUAUCGCAGAUUGGAGGUGAGCUUCCGGAAGUCAACCUCUUAUAAAAUGUCAACGUGUGUUUCACCUCCUAUAUUUGAAAAAAAUAUUAAUUAGUGAAAAUUAGUAAAGACAUGCACGUUUAUUAAUUUAACCCAUGGGUGUGAUGGAUGUCCGGACCAUAUGAUUUAUAUUCUGAAUAAUAUUAUUUGAUGAAUAUUUCAGGAGAUCAAGGAAUCGGUCCAAUCAGACGUCAGGCACCAGGUGUCCCUUCUCAUUAAACCUAUGCUGCAGGUAACGUUAUUCAUUCUUAAUUUAUUUAUUUGUAUUCUUUCCUCUUUCAAUCAUAUUCGAGUGUUCUUCAGCUCAAUCAAAGCGGAUAUUUUAGAAAAUUAUCCAUUUUUUUAUAAAAAAAUUGAGGACAUGGGAAGGAGUAGUGGGCGGAUCACCCACCCUGGGAUAGUGCUUUCUAAAGUGUUCUUGAUCCCUGGCGCCCCUUCUCGCAGGCUCUAGAUGCUGCCUUUGCUCACUUUGAUAACGAGCAGCAGAAGAGAUCUGCGAAAUCUGAGGGGAGACACAACGGCGUAGCCCCCUGA